AUGAGCCGGAAGAGCCGCCGCUGGACCUCCCACCUCUGCCUCUGCUUUGGGAUUAUCUAUCUAAAAAUCGGAGCAGUUAUCUUUCAGUUCCACACCGACGUGGAAAAAACGAGGUCCUCCACAUAUCCUCAGAGGAGUGACCCCCCUGCAGAACUCCUGGGGGAAAGCCUCUCUAACCUGGUGCUGUCCUCCGUGGUGGCGCUGGGGGCCAGCAUCAUCUGCAACAAGAUCCCGGGCCUGGCCCCCCGGCAGAGGACCAUCUGCCAGAGCAGACCCGACGCCAUCAUCGUGAUCGGGGAGGGGGUCCAGAUGGGGAUCAACGAGUGCCAGUUCCAGUUCAGGCACGGCCGCUGGAACUGCUCAGCCCUGGGGGAGAGGACGGUGUUCGGGAGGGAGCUCAAAGUGGGCAGUAAGGAGGCGGCCUUCACCUACGCCAUCAUCGCCGCCGGCGUGGCCCACGCCGUGACGGCGGCGUGCGCCCGGGGGAGCCUGAGCGGCUGCGGCUGCGACAAGGACAGGCAGGGCCUCUACGACCAGGAGGGGGGCUGGAAGUGGGGGGGCUGCUCGGCCGACGUGCACUACGGCGCGGGCUUCUCCAAGGUGUUCGUGGACGCCAGGGAGAUCAAGCAGAACGCCCGGACGCUCAUGAACCUGCACAACAACGAAGUGGGCCGCAAGGUCCUGGAGAAGGGCAUGCAUCUGGAGUGCAAGUGUCACGGGGUUUCUGGAUCCUGCACCACCAAGACCUGCUGGACCACGCUCCCCAAAUUCCGGCAGUUGGGAUUUAUCCUGAAAAACAAAUACAACCAGGCCGUGCACGUGGAGCCCGUGCGCGCCAGCCGCAACAAGCGGCCCGCCUUCCUGAAGAUCAAGAAGCCGCACUCCUACCGCAAGCCCAGGGACACGGAGCUGGUCUACGUGGAGAGGUCCCCCAACUACUGCGAGGCCGACCCGCUGACCGGCAGCGCGGGCACCCAGGGCCGGCCGUGCAACCGGACCGGGCAGCAGCCGGACAGCUGCGGCCUGAUGUGCUGCGGGCGCGGACACAACACGCACCAGUACGCGCGCGUGUGGCAGUGCAACUGCAAGUUCCUGUGGUGCUGCCACGUCCGGUGCAACUCCUGCAGCGAGAGGACUGAGGUCUACACCUGUAAAUAG